AUGUCUGAUAUCAUACACGACCUGCUGGACUGGUCCAAAACUCAAAAGGUCGUCCUCAACGGCAUUAAGCCCAACGCCUUUCCCGGCCGGGGUAUAGGUCUCAUCUCAACCCGUGCCAUCAAAGAAGGUGAUGUCGUUCUCGAGGUCCCCACGUCAGCGAUCAAAACCCUGGACGAUCUCCCGUCGAGCCUCCGCAAGAAACUACCAUCUCCUCCGGACACGACCGUUCACGCCUUGCUCGCCCUCGACCUCGCCACGGAUGCCUCCUCCUGCCCUGCCCCCUGGCGGGCCGUCCUCCCCUCCCGCGCCGACAUUGCCACCAUGCCGCUGACCUGGGACGAGCGCCUGCACCCGUACCUGCCCCCGGCGGCCCGCGAGCUCCUGAAGCAGCAAAAGACAAAGUUCGACAAGGACUUUGCCAACUGCGUCGCCGCCGUCCCGGGCCUCGACGAGUCUCGGUACCGACACGCCUGGCUCCUUGUCAACUCGCGUACCUUUUACCACACGUCGCCCCUCACGGCCAAACUGCCCAAGGAGGACCACCUCUCGCUGCAGCCCGUCGCCGACCUCUUCAACCACGCCGCCCGCGGCUGCGCCGUCGCCUACUGCGACCUCUCCUACACAGUCACCGCCAACACGUCGUAUCCGCGCGGCGCCGAGAUUCCCAUCUGCUACGGCCGCCACAGCAACGAUUUCCUCCUCGUCGAGUACGGCUUCAUCCUCGAGGGCGCCUCCAACGAGUGGGACGAGGUCUCGCUCGACGACGUGCUGCUGCCGCGUCUUCGGAAGCCCGCGACACGUCGCCGUCCGGAGCCUCGUUGUGCCCGAGUGGGUGUGGGAGAUCGUUUGCUGAAGGGCGGGACGAGGGGGAGGGCGCCCAGUGGAAGGGUGGACACGGAGCUGAAGACGAUGCUCGAGGAGUAUGAUGAGCAGAUUGAAGCUACGAUCAAGGAGGUCGAGUCCUUGCAAGUUGUCGGGCGGAAGCGGCCCAGAAGGGAGAACAUCGUGCAGCGAUGGCGCCAAUACAGAUCUUCGUCGGGGCUGCUAUAA